AUGCAAUCAGAUUCUAUCAAGAAAUUAUCAAAGAAGCUUUAUAAGGCAUCAAGAGAUGGUUUCCAAUCAAAGCAAUUCCACACCAAAUGUGAUAAUCAAGGAGCAACUGUUACAAUUAUUAAGGCUGAUACAGGUGCUAUUUUCGGUGGAUAUACAUCUGCUGCUUGGAAUACUACUGUCAUGAGUCAAUUUGCCUAUUCUGAACGUGCCUUUUUGUUUAGUUUAGUUUCUAAUAGUGGUGAAGAAAGAUUUAAAAAGUUGAAUCAACUUGCACCACCUAAUUCACCAAGUCAAGGAAGAUCAAUUUAUUCCCAUUCUCGUUUUGGUCCUACUUUUGGUGGAGGUCAUGAUUUAUAUAUUUGUUCUAAUGCCCACGAAAAUACUGGAAGUUAUUGUCAUCCAAAUACUUAUGCUGAUUUUGGAAAAGAGUAUUUAGCAGGUUCUUACAAGGAAUGGCUUGUAAAGGACAUUGAAGUUUAUUCACUUUAA